CAAGCCGCACCACGUGGGUUGGGUUUGUCCAAUCGGUGCAAAGCUGUGAUACACGAAAGUAUGCUCUUUGUUCUGGAUUUUGCAAAGUUAUACGGUCUAAUUAACUUUAAUACAGCAACAUGUGGACAAAUGAUAUCAUUUGUUACGGCAAGAUGACAAUCCGGAUACAUCAAUAUCUUUUUUCCUGGAGCAGUUGUGUAGCCUCCAACCUUUGGCAAACAGUGCGCCAUUAGCUUAUUUAUCACAUGACUUCCCUUCCCCCCACUUCAUUGAAUGAGGAAGAAGUCGGACAUGUUGGAGGAAAAUGUGUUGAAAAAAAAACGAUCGUGGUGGAGGACAAGGAGAUUUUUUAAGGAAAGUUUUACUCUGCGUAAUGGAUUUACAAAUCGAGAUUUUUAGUAAAUUUUUAUGUAACCAUGGGAAUCAAUUUGCAAAAUGUAUUUGUUUCCUUCAUAUUUACUCACGAUUAAGAACAUCAAUGCAUGGUUUAAUUCAAUGUUCGUUGUAUUUAGAGGCUUUUAAAUGUAUAAUUUUUGUCCGUAUAUAUUGAAAAUCGUGAGAAUUUAGUUCAGUGACAUUGGAGAGAACGUGUAACCUUGUGUGGGGGAUGGGUAUUAGCAUUAGGGAACCAUUUUGUACAGCUCUUAACUACUUUACGAGUUUAUUUUGUUAUCGAAGGUUGGCAUUUUGCUGAUUCAUUGUAGUUUGUUGCACGUGGACUUGGUAGAAUUAGUAUGUUGUCGGUAUAUGAUAGGAACUGUUUGGGGAUUUAGUUUGUCUGAAUGUAGGUUUUCUGUUUGGGUUUUCCCUGAGCAGCUCAUGUUGGGAGAUUGUAAGGCUUAUAAAUUACGAUUUAGUUGAAGUGUUCAAAUCGUGGAUGCGGCCUACAUGGGUGUUAUUGAAGCAGAGCAACAUGGCUCUAAAAUUCUUAAAACCGAUGCAACCUUUGUGCUUGAAGUGUCUCAUAGUAAUUAUUAUAAGUGAUUGUUAUCCGAAACUCUUAUCUACUUUGAUAACCAUUUCAGCAAGAGUUGAGAGAAAUGCUGUGUCAUUCAAUGGAGGGCAAUAUCCUUUACCACUUUGGCUUAGGGUGGAAGUUUGCCUUAUAGUAAGCCAUUUAAAAACCCCAGCUUCAGUGCGAGUUAUGGUAUUUUAUCCAUCAGAUGUUAAGCCAGUAAUAGUAUGGUAUGUAUUUGUUAAGUUCUGAAAUAUUAGGCCUUGGAUAAUGAUAGCCUUUUUCAGUUGUCUGUAAAUUGUCAUCUUGGUUAAAUGUAGCUAGGUCAAACAGCACGUGGCUCUUACUUGGUAUACGAGUAGUUUAGAACUAGGCGUUAUGAUCGCCUUUGUUUCAAUUGAGGGAGUGGGAUUUCUUGUACAUUGUGACACCAUCUCAUAGGCUAAUAAUUUGUAUGCAGACAGUAAAGUUCGUGUGCAGUCUUUGCACUUCAAGAUGGCGCUCCAACACUUGGGAAGGACUCAAAUGCGGCUAGUCGGAGAGAAAUGUGUCGUUGAGCGCUCGGCCUACGUUUGGCAUCUGAUAGAUACGCGUGACCGGACUCGCUAACCAAUGGCUUGCUUUCUGUUUACUCUGGAAGUUCGCGCUAGAGAUUCAGCGACCAAUCAUUAUCGUUGCUCUGCCCACGUUGACGUAAUGUAAUUUGAUGAGUGAAAGGGCGGGUUUUGGGAUGUCGCAUUUCGUAAAAGAGUAGCUACGUAAAAACAACCACAAAAAGAAAACUUUUUGAGUGAUGGGAGGUCUAGUCAGUGCUAACGAGAUUUUUGUUUGAUUGACAAUAACAAUAUGCGAAUAGGUUGGAAGAAAAGCAUAAUAGAAAAACAAAGUUAUUUGGGGGGCUGUGCUAACUCUGGCGGACGUAUUCAACUGCGAAUAGAAAAUACGGGGCGUAGUCUUAAGUUACCGCAUCCAAUAGGAUGAAUGGUUGGUCUAUAAAGUAUCGGGCGUAGACGUGAGUUGCCAUUUCGCUGAAGCAGUGGUCAGUCUAGUGCUGUGGGGGCUGGAGGAAAGGACGGGCGAAGCAGGAACUUGAAUAUUGGUAUUUAAACAGAAUCCGGAUCCAUCCUGAUGGAGACGGCCAUAAACCCGCCCCAUGACAGCUCCCUGGGCGGGGUCGACGUAGGCCUGCAGGGCGUCAUGAUGAUGGAGCAGGGCCCUCCGGGCCCCGGCAAGCGCAUCCGGAAACCGUCACUGCUGUUUGAGGGAUUCGAGGGCCCACCUUUGCUCCCACAUGGGCAAGCGCCCCCCUCUGGGUCACCACGGCCCCUAGUGUACGACACCAACCGGCAGGGCCGCGCCACCAACCAGCUGCAGUUCCUCCAGAGAGCCAUGAUGAAGUCCCUGUGGAGGCACCACUUCGCAUGGCCCUUCCAUGAGCCUGUGGACGCCUCCAAGCUCAGCCUGCCUGACUAUCACAAGAUCAUCAAACAGCCCAUGGACAUGGGGACCAUCAAGAGGCGCCUGGAGAACAACUACUACCGCAGCGCCAGCGAGUGCAUGCAGGACUUCAACACCAUGUUCACCAACUGCUACAUCUACAACAAGCCAACAGAUGACAUUGUUCUGAUGGCCCAGUCCCUGGAGAAGGCUUUCCUUCAGAAGGUUGCCCAGAUGCCCCAGGAGGAGAUAGAACUGCCCCCUCCUCCCCCACGGGGCAAACCGGGCAAGCCAGGCAAAGGACGCAGACCCGCAGUACCAGGAGGAGUGACCACUGCUCACCAGGUCCCGGCAGUGUCCCAGUCCGCGUACUCUCCCCCCACGCCGGACACCCCGGAGUCGCUGCUCUCCACCCCUCCACAGACACUCCAGGCCAAGAGUUUACCUCCUACCCUCCACAGUACUCCUGCUAUGCUAGGCUUACCCCCCACACAGCCCACAGCCAAGAAAAAGGGAGUGAAGCGGAAAGCAGACACCACCACCCCCACCACCAUGGCCAUGCCCAUACCCAUCACCAUGGGCGUUGGCGGGAUUGGCAUGGGCAUGGUCGGUGGACCCGACUCCCCGUUGACACUCACCUCGCUGGGGGUAGGUCAAGGCCUGGGCCUCGGCAUGGGGAUGGGUAUUGGUAUUGGUAUGGGCCGCGGCAGAGGCAUGGCGGGCGCCAAAGCAGCUACAGGGAGGCGGGGAGUCAGCGGGCGCCCUAUCAAGCCCCCGAAGAAAGACCUGCCUGACUCGGUGCAGCUCCAACCGGUGCGACGAGGCAAACUGGGCCAGCAGCUCCGGUACUGCAACGGGAUUCUCAAAGAGCUGCUGUCCAAGAAACACGCGGCGUACGCCUGGCCUUUUUACAAACCAGUGGACGCCUCCAUGCUGGGCCUACACGACUACCACGACAUCAUCAAGCAGCCCAUGGACCUCAGCACCAUCAAGAGGAAAAUGGACAGUCGAGAGUACCGGGACGCCCAGCAGUUUGCCGGUGACGUCAGGAUAAUGUAUUCUAACUGCUAUAAGUACAACCCUCCAGACCAUGACGUGGUAACCAUGGCACGCAAACUACAGGACGUCUUUGAGUUCUGCUUUGCCAAGAUGCCCGACGAGCCUGCGGCCCCUCCCGCUUCCAUGGGUGGACGCUCCUCAUCUUCUUCCUCUUCCUCCUCGUCCUCGUCUGAGAGCGACCCCAGCAGCGAGAGCGAGAGCGACAGCAGCCCCAGCUCGGACAGCGAGGAGGAGCGUGCACACCGCCUGGCCGAGCUGCAGGAACAGGUGUGUACACAGCUGAAAGCAGUUCAUGAGCAACUGGCCGCACUCUCCCAGGGCCCCAUCGUCAAGCCUAAGAGGAAGAAAGAGAAGAAGGACAAGAAGAAGAAGAAGAAGCCCGAGAAGCAUCGGGGAAGCCGGGUGCCAGUCGAAGAGGAUAUGCCCAUCCGGCCGCCCAAAACGCCCAAGGUCACCAAGACGUCGAAGAUGCCGAAGACACCUAAGACCAAGAGCAGCAAAGGGGGCUCCACACAGGGCAAGAGGGGCACUGGCAAGAAGAGCAACAAGAGCAAGUCCUCCAAGAAGUCGCAGGCGGUGAUGCUCAGCAUGCACCAGAUGAGCGCUGCGGCCAUGCUCCCCCACUACGACUCCGAGGAGGAGGACGAGGUGUCGCCCAUGAGCUACGACGAGAAGCGCCAGCUCAGCCUGGACAUCAACAAGCUGCCCGGGGAGAAGCUGGGCCGCGUGGUUCAUAUCAUCCAGGCGCGCGAGCCAUCGCUGCGUGACACUGACCCAGAGGAGAUCGAGAUAGACUUUGAGACGCUCAAGCCGUCCACGCUGCGUGAGCUGGAACGCUACGUUAUGACCUGCCUCCGCAAGAAGCCUCGCAAACCCUAUGUAGGGAAGAAAGGUGGAGCAGGGAAGUCCCGGGAGGAGCUGGCUCUGGAGAAGCAGUUGGAACUGGAGCAGAGGUUGCUGGAUGUCAGCGGGCAGCUCAACUCUGGCAAGAAGCCUCAGAAAACCAAAGCAGAGAAGCCCAGUGCUGUGGAGCCCCAUGCCGUGGCGUCUCGCCUCAGCGCCAGCAGCUCCAGCUCAGACUCUUCUUCCUCUUCCUCAUCGUCGUCCUCUGACACCAGUGACUCGGACUGAAUGCUCCGGAAGGACGGGCCUGGAUCCCGCGAACCCCGGAUAGGACAGUGCAGAACUGCUAACAGAGCCGCAGGCGGAUCAGACUAUAGUCAGAACUGACCUGAAAUUAAGAGAAAGCUUUCCCUGUGUUCAGAGAAGCCAAACCCAACAGAAAUAGUGGAUGGAGAAAUAUUGAGUUGUUUCAUUGCUUUAGAAACCUAGAGGGUUGACAGAGAGAUGAUGCAUCAUCUCAUUGGAAAAAGUGCCCACGGUAGGAUCUCUACAGGCUCUAGAAAGGCGGCAGGAUCUCUACAGGCUCUAGAAAGACGGCAGGAUCUCUACAGGCUCUAGAAAGACGGCAGGAUCUCUACAGGCUCUAGAAAGACGGCAGGAUCUCUACAGGCUCUAGAAAGACGGCAGGCUCUAGAAAGACGACAGGAUCUCUACAGGCUCUAGAAAGACGACAGGAUCUCUACAGGCUCUAGAAAGACGACAGGAUCUCUACAGGCUCUAGAAAGACGGCAGGAUCUCUACAGGCUCUAGAAAGACGGCAGGAUCUCUACAGGCUCUAGAAAGACGGCAGGAUCUCUACAGGCUCUAGAAAGACGGCAGGAUCUCUACAGGCUCUAGAAAGACGGCAGGAUCUCUACAGGCUCUAGAAAGACGGCAGGAUCUCUACAGGCUCUAGAAAGACGGCAGGAUCUCUACAGGCUCUAGAAAGACUGCAGGAUCUCUACAGGCUCUAGAAAGACUGCAGGAUCUCUACAGGCUCUAGAAAGCGAGACGGGUGGAUGAGUCCAGAACUCUGGGAUCAUCUUGUACUAUGUCUUUCUCGCCACACUGUGUAUAUACCGUGUACAAAUAUAUAAAUAUCUAUUUUUCUUUUAUAAAGAAGAAUUUUAAGGAAUCCUCAAAUGUGGGGAGAAAGUAAAGGUGUGGAAAGGCUGGCUUUAGUCUUUCUGUAUAGAGGGCAAAGUGUGUGUGAGAAUGUGUGGGGCACGGCCUCGCACAGUAAACACAGUCCUGCUUAGUUGUUCAUCUUGUUGAUGCAGGUUGUUUAAAUCAUUGUGCAUUGUAAAGCACCUUGGCUCAGUAUAAAUGUAUGAACUGCACACAUGGAGAAACUGAAGAGCAUCAAGACCGCAGCAUACGCAUGUACUUCUACAGCUUGAGAGGGGUGUCCGUUGUACACAUUUAAUGAGACGUUUUGGUUUAAGCAAACUUAACUUUUUCCUAUUUUUUUCACUCUGUAAAUGACGUGUUUCUAUCUUCUUGUGACCAACCUGCAAAUAAAUUGUGAGGACAUGUCUCCAUUCAACAUUUACCCACACACAAACAGAUUCUUCCCUUGUUUUGUUCCGUCAAUUGGAUACGUCUAGGAUUUGUCUAGUGAAGUCUACAGACUACUGAAUGGUCACAUCUCUCUUGCAAGACAUUUGAACUUGCAUGGGUAGUGCACAAUGACUAGAUUGAGACUUCACCUUUUCAUUUCACUUUGUCUGGGGGAAUUUUUUAAAUUUGAUAUAUAUAUAUAUAUAUAUAUAUAUAUAUAUAUUAGAGAGAGAUUUUAUCUUAGUAUGGUUCAGUGGGGUGCUGAUAUGCCUUCCUUGUACCCCAGAUGUGAUUCCCAUACCGUUGCCAUACCAGUGCUUUGCGGCACAGAACCACACUUUAUUUUAACUACUUGGCCUUUUAACUUUUUGGCAGCUGGAUGUUUUAUUCAAUUUAGCUAAAUCUGGUUUGGGAAGAAGAUUGUAGUGACUAUUUCCUUGCUCAUAGUGCGAUUAACAGAAGCUGUAUAUAUGCUUCAUGAGAUUCGGAGGUACUAAACUGAUUUAGUUAAGAACCAUGCUUUUUAAAAAAUAUAUAAUAGUUUGAGAAUUUAGAUUUUGUACUUGUGUGAUCAGUUAUUUAUUUCCCGGGGAUUUGAAUGGAAUCCUGGAAUCUUUAUUGCAUUUACUUGAAGGCAAUGGAGAAAGUUAUAUUGGUAAUAAUGACAAAAACUACAAGCAAAAAUGUGUACAGCUUUAAGGAAAAAAGGCAAGACUUAGACUUUUUUUUAAAGUGUGGAGCAUGUUUCUACCACGGAGGUUCCUUGUUUUGCUUUUGUUCUCUUAGUCGUUCCCCCUACAAUUGAGUGGUUGUUUCUUGUGUUCGGUUUCUUUUCUAAGAAAAAAUACUUUGAACUGUCCACCUCUAAAAAUAAAGAGAGAGAGAAAGAGCUCUUUAACAUUGA